UCUCCCUUCGGCUCCCGUCGUUUCUUCCGGCAGAGAUGGCUGCGGCCGUGGCUGUGUUGUCGCGAGGGAGUUUCCUGCCCGCGGCGGGCUGGCUGCCCUCCCUCCAGACUGUCCGUCAUGGCUCCAAGGCUGUUACCCGCCACCGUCGCGUGAUGCACUUUCAGCGGCAGAAGCUUAUGGCUCUGACUGAGUAUAUUCCCCCCAAACCAGCUGUCAACCCAAGAUGCCUGCCAUCGCCUCCCAGCCCACCCCAGGAGGAGACAGGCCUCAUCCGGCUCCUCCGACGGGAGGUGGCAGCAGUUUUCCGAGACAACCGAAUGAUAGCUGUCUGCCAGAACGUGGCUCUGAGUGCAGAGGACAAGCUGCUUAUACGGCAUCAGCUGCGGAAACACAAGAUCUUGACGAAGGCCUUCCCCAACCAGAUCCUGAAGCCCUUCCUGGAAGAUUCCAAGUACCAAAACCUGCUGCCCCUUUUUGUGGGGCAUAACCUGCUGCUGUUCAGUGAAGAGCCCAAGGUCAAGGAGAUGGUGCGAGUCUUGAAGAGCAUCCCUUUCCUGCCACUGCUAGGUGGCUGCAUCGAUGAUACCAUCCUCAGCAGGCAGGGCUUCCUCCACUAUUCCAAGCUCCCCAGCCUGGCCCUGGUGCGGGGGGAGCUGGUAGGAGGGCUCACUCUCCCCAUGGCCCGGACCUGCUCCCUACUUCAGCACCCGCCCCUCCAGCUGACCACCCUGCUGGAUCAGUACGUCAGACAGCAGCGAGAGGGGGAUGCCGUCAUGCCAGCCAGCGGGAAGCCGGAGCCUCCUGACACUGUUCCGGGCUCAUAGCCCGUCAUACCCAGCCCUGCCCACAAAUACACUCUGACCCUAAUGGCCGUGCUGUCCUCUGUCGGAUAUGGGGAAGAUCUUGGGGUGGGGGAGUAGAGUUUGUUACCUGGCUUCCACAGGGCCACUGUAAAAUGCAGAGGCUGUCA